AUGCGCUUCUCUACAGUUGCAGCCGGCUUCGCGGUCUUUGGUUCCGUCGUCGCUGAAGAUCUCCUCUUCUUAGACGAGCUUGUCGGGAACGAGGAAGAGCAUGCUGUUGCCCUCGGGUUCACGACUAAAGUGGUCACAGAAACAGAAUGGCGUGCCAUGAAGACAUCUGACUUUGCGGCCUUCAAAGCAAUCAUCAUCGGUGAUCCUUUCGGCUCUGGCGAUGUGAGUCUGAUUCAGGUCCUGGAAGACACAAACACCAUUUGGGGUCCUGCUGUCACCGGCAAUGUCAUUAUCCACGGUGCCGAUCAAUCCAACCACGACAAUUGGGGCGUCGCUGGGGCCUCUGUGCUCAUUGACAACAGUAUCAAAUUUGCAGCCGCGGGUGUCUCUCCAUCGGGUUCCUCCCAGACCGGAUUCUAUCUCUCCUUGUCACAGUACUAUAACACCGCAGCCCUCGAUACUCCUGUACCAGCACUGUCCUAUUUUGGUGACUUCAAGGUGUUUGGCCAAGACAACAAUGGUGCAGGAGGGUACAAUGAUAUCCAUAUUGUGGCCUCGUCUCCCGCAAUCGACACCCUUACCGACGAGGAUCUGUCAAACUGGUCCUUCAGCACCCACGAAGCGUUCUCGUCGUAUCCCUCUGUUGGACAGAAUGGGUUUCAAGCCCUGGCAAUUGCAGACGGCGUCAUUACCACCGGCACCCAGAACUAUGGUGAUGGCCAUUCAGGAUUGCCUUACAUUCUAAGCCGUGGUGCAACACCCGCCGGCUGCGGUGAUGGCAAGUUUGAUCCCUCUCUCGGCGAAGAGUGCGACGACGGCAACACUGCAGACGGUGAUGGCUGUUCCAAGAGUUGCAAGUGCGAGAGCGGCAUUGCUAAUGGAGAUGGUACUUGUGGUUCCGUCACAACUACCAGCAGCUCAACUACUUCUGCCACGACCUCGACGUCAUCGUCAAGCACGACCACGACCUUCACAACAUCUGUCCUGACCACCACAUCCAAGACCUACUCAAACACGACUACUUCGUCGACAAGCCCGAGACCUACGACAACCACGGCCUCCCCGGUGACGGUAACGACAUCGAAAAGAGCCUGGACUGCUCCGCCCUACGUCACGCCCUCGAUCCCUCGAUCACAGUGCAUCGGCAUUGAGAUCAUCGUGUCAGUGACCGAAAUUGAGCAGUGCAGCACCAUUGACCCUACCAGCACAAUCACGUACACCACCACGAGCGUGGUCUCGACCUACCAGAAGCCCAUCUUCAACACGCCCAUCCCAUCCAUGCCAUGCUACGUGUGCGCCUUCCAGUCCCAGGGAAUCACCGUGACGGACUUCAUCACGGCGACAACGACUCAUUGCCCAUCCAAACCCACUGCGGCCCCGGCAGUUGUGUACCCAUGCUCGACGUGCCAGGGCACCACCUUGACGGAAUCGUGCCCGUGGAAAGUCACCCCGACAGCACCCCUUCGGCCCUUCACCACCUACGGACCUGCCAACCAUGAAGAAGGACACGGCGGAGGAUACCCGCACGGCGGCCCCAGCAACUCGGCCCCGGCCACGGUCGCUGCCGCCACAGCAGCCACGUACGGCGGUGGUGCGGCUGGUUCUUCGCCGCCAUAUGUUCCCGGCGGUGCGUCCCCUUCGGCAUACACGCCAGCAAACACCCCCGUCGCAGCGGCGACCGCGGCCUCGCCUACACCCACGCCCGCGAUCUCUAGCUAUGCCCCUGCCCCUGACGCGACGUCCCUGGUCGCUGUCUACACCGGCGCCGCUGCCUCGAGACCUACAGGUGGUAUCGCCUUGAUGGGAGCCUUGCUGGGAGCAGGCGCCGUUGCAGUCAUCGCCAUCUAA